AGGCAGACGCCCAGAAGUCGGUAGGACCGGAGAGCCCGGCCCCAGCCCAGCGUCUCCGGGAGCCUGGGACCCACAGCGCGGAGGAGAGCUCAGAAGCAGCGCGGAGGAGAGCGCAGAAGCCGCCCAGAGUGCAGAGUCCACCAUGCGCGGGUCCCCGGCCGCGGGGCCGGUCUACACCCCCGCCUGGGUGGCGUGGCCCGGGCGGGUCCGCUGCUGCUCCGUCGGGGGGGCGGGCGUCGGGCCGGGGGCACGCGGGACCGGGGACUGCGGCGAGCCCGCGGCCACGGCAAAGUUUCCACUCUGCGCGCCGCGCUGGCCCCCGGGCGCGGGAGCCGCCCACUGCCCCCCCGCGCUCGCCCCGCUCCCAGGCGCGCGCCGGGUAUAUAACGCACCCCUGCAGGGCCGGUUCCAGGCCGCUAGCCACGCAGUGGACGCCGGGGAGUGCUGCCCAGCGUCCGGGAGCCAGCCCGCCACCCCCUGCGCCCCCGCCUCCCCGACGGGCGCCCCCUGCUGUGGCCGCCGCCGCUGCCCCGCCUCCGAGGCCACCAUGAAGAAGGAGGUGUGCUCCGUGGCCUUCUUCAAGGCCGUGUUUGCCGAAUUCCUGGCCACUCUCAUCUUCGUCUUCUUCGGCCUCGGCUCAGCCCUCCAGUGGCCGUCGGCGCUGCCCAGCAUCCUGCAGAUCUCGAUGGCUUUUGGCUUGGCCAUAGGCACCCUGGCCCAGGCUCUGGGGCCGGUGAGCGGAGGCCACAUCAACCCCGCCAUCACACUGGCCCUCUUUGUGGGCAACCAGAUCUCCCUGCUCCGGGCUCUCUUCUACGUGGUGGCCCAGCUGGUGGGCGCCAUUGCUGGGGCGGCCAUCCUCUACGGGCUGGCGCCGCGCAAUGCCCGGGGCAAUCUGGCCGUCAACUCGCUCAACAGCAACACGACGCCAGGCCAGGCCAUGGUGGUGGAGCUGAUCCUGACCUUCCAGCUGGCGCUCUGCAUCUUCUCCUCCACCGACUCCCGCCGCACCAGCCCUGUGGGCUCCCCGGCCCUGUCCAUCGGCCUGUCCGUCACACUGGGCCACCUUGUGGGGAUCCACUUCACCGGCUGCUCCAUGAACCCAGCCCGCUCUUUCGGCCCCGCGGUGAUCAUGAAGCGGUUCAGCUCCGCGCACUGGGUCUUCUGGGUGGGGCCCAUCGUGGGGGCUGCCCUGGCUGCCAUCCUAUACUUCUACCUGCUCUUCCCCAACUCGUUGAGCCUGAGUGAGCGUGUGGCCAUCGUCAAGGGCACGUAUGAGCCUGAGGAGGAUUGGGAGGAGCAGCGGGAGGAGCGGAAGAAGACCAUGGAGCUGACCGCUCACUGACCAGUGUCAGGCAGAGGCCAGCUCCUCAGCCCCUGAACCGCAGGGGAAAAAAGAAAAAAAUAUGACAGCAAAGCUUCCUUACCCCACAGUUGGGUCCUCUGGGCUGGGGAGGAGGUGCUGGUUCCCCAGGCUACACAGUUAGAGAUGGGAGCAGGAACCCAUGAUGGUACUCUUGGGGUGGGAGCUAGGGGCUGGAAUCUGGUGGGGAGGGGUCUCUCUGGGACAAGGCAGACAGCUGCCAUGAGGUCAGACCUUAGAGACUGUGAACCUAAGCCCGCAGGCUGCCCCAGGACCAAGCCAGGAAGGGGUGGCCUGCAUUCUGCAUCGCCCCACCCUUCCCAGCCCCUCCUCAAGAACCAGAGGGAUCCCAGGCCCUAAGACAGCAGAGGCUGACCCUCCCCAGAGCUCCUUAGGAGGGAGACGGACUGGUUCAUUAAAUGCUGCCUUAUUUAUGUCUGGUCAAGGAUGCAUGGAGUAGAGCUGCCGGUGUUUGGGGUGGAGGCUUCCCAAUAAACCACUGACAUUCA